ACACCACCCAAAUUUUUCGAACCUCCCACGCCAAACAUAACGACCAGCCGACCGACGACCACCAGAAACCCAUCUCUUGACUAACCAUCCAGUAUCCACAAAAUCGGAAAUCAUGGGUCGCGUUCGCACAAAGACCGUCAAAAAGUCUUCCAAGAUCAUCAUUGAGAGAUACUACCCCAAGCUUACCCUUGACUUCGAGACCAACAAGCGAAUCUGCGAUGAGAUCGCUAUUAUCGCUUCCAAGAGAUUAAGGAACAAGAUCGCCGGAUACACCACCCAUUUGAUGAAGCGUAUCGAGAGAGGUCCCGUCCGUGGCAUCUCCUUCAAGCUUCAGGAGGAGGAGCGUGAGAGGAAGGAUCAAUAUGUUCCCGAUAUCUCGGCUCUUGACUACGCUGCGAGUGAUAGCGCUACCUUGGAAGUUGAUACCGAAACCAAGGACUUGUUGAAGCACUUGGGCUUUGACGCUAUCCCUGUCACCGUCAUCCCUGUGGCUCAACAACAACCUCAGGACAACAGGAGGUUCGGCGGUGGGAACAGACCCCCAAGGAGAGAUUAAAUCUUAAAUUAAAAUUAAAACUGGAGGGGGGGCUAAUAUCGAAUUCGCCUGGGUGGGGGAAUUGGGUUUGCGGCAAAUAAACAGCUUUCCUACAA